AUGGUUAACUACCGCUUCGCUACCCUAAUCGGCCUGGCCGGCAUGGCCGUUGCCGUGCCUCUUAAUAUCAACCUUGGCGCGUACUCGCCCGCCUUGGUAGUCGGUGAUGGUGAAAUUAGUUUCGGAGGAGGAGAAGAGGUUUCUAGCCUAAUGAAUGCCCUUGAAGGUGCCGCGGUGAACGCUGCUAACGGUGCCGCUCCUGCAAAGGGUGGGAAGAAGGCUGGAGCGGCGUCGAUCGCCUCGGCACCGGGUGCAGCGGCUGCCGCAGCAUCGCCAGUGUCGAAUGCGGCGUCGUCUCAACAGUCCUCCCAGAUAGUUUCCGCCCCCGCCACCGACGCCGCCUCGGCUCCCAACCCGGCCCUCGAGCAACAGGCUCAGCAGAUCGCUGCUCUCCAGGGCAUGGGCAAGGCCAUCGCCCCCCGCCAGGAGGCAGACCACGAAGGCGAGACCGCGUCCGCCGAAGAGACCGAGCACGAAGAGGACACCCCCACCAUCGCCAAGCGCGACCUCGUUAGCUUCCAGGCUGCUCUUUCCUUCGCCGAGAAGGCUCUCACCAAGGGUCCCAAGGUCCAGCUUGGUACUGGCUCAAAGGAGGGUGGUUCUGGCGUUGGUAUUAUCGUUGACAACAACCCUACUACUGCCGGCAAGGGAAAGGAGCGCAAGAAGCGUGACCUUGGUGUGAGCCAAAAAGUCAAAGUGACGACCAUGUAUGUUCGAUCUGGAAUCCCUGCCUCGCUGAGGAACUCGCCUGAGCUCGCCGCUCGCGACAUUGCCAUCCCCGUUGGCGCUCCGACAAUCCCUAGGAUCUUCUCAAGGAGUGACUCGGCCCUUGAUGCCGUCAACCUAAACGUUGAUGGUGACAAGGGCUUGACCAUGACCUUUGUCGAGACCAUCACAGACGCGGACGCAGAUACUGAAGAUAGCGCCGAGUAA